AUGUCAGAGGAUCUAGCAAAGCAGCUGGCAAGCUACAAAGCUCAACUCCAGCAAGUUGAAGCUGCGUUGUCUGGAAAUGGAGAAAAUGAAGAUUUGUUAAAAUUAAAGAAAGAUUUACAAUGGCUCUCUGCAUCCCCGAAACACCUUCCUUCAGUAAGCAGAGUGCUUGAGUGCACCCCCUUUGACCUGCUGAUAUGUAGAUCACAACAUCUGAUGCUUCCUGGAAUUGCCGAUUACUGUAACUGCUGCCCAUCUGUCAAUGAAGGAGCAGUUUCAGAACUCAGACUUGGGGGAGGAAAAGUAAUUAAUGGAAGUUAUAGAACUAACCAAAGACCUUCUGUCAACUCAGCCUUCUGAAACUCUUGCAAGUUCAGACAGUUUUGCUUCUACUCAGCCCACUCAUUCAUGGAAAGUAGGAGACAAGUGUAUGGCAAUCUGGAGUGAAGAUGGACAGUGUUAUGAAGCGGAGAUUGAGGAGAUAGAUGAAGAAAACGGCACUGCUGCAAUCACCUUUGCUGGCUAUGGCAAUGCUGAAGUGACCCCACUGUUGAACCUCAAGCCUGUAGAAGAAGGAAGGAAGGCAAAGGAGGACAGUGGCAACAAACCCAUGUCAAAAAAAGAAAUGAUUGCCCAGCAGCGUGAAUAUAAAAAGAAGAAAGCUUUGAAAAAAGCACAGAGAAUAAAAGAACUUGAGCAGGAGAGAGAGGACCAGAAGGUGAAAUGGCAACAGUUCAACAACAGAGCCUAUUCUAAAAACAAAAAAGGCCAGGUAAAGAGGAGUAUUUUUGCUUCACCUGAGAGUGUAACUGGCAAAGUUGGAGUAGGAACUUGUGGAAUUGCUGAUAAACCUAUGACACAGUAUCAAGAUACCUCUAAAUACAAUGUUAGGCAUUUGAUGCCUCAAUAAUCAGAAAAACUGUUGGAUUUCAUCUCUGCAGGGCUUUACAUUUACCUUUUUAUCCUUAUAUUUUUCUAAAGGUAAAUUAUUUGUUAGAUGAGUAAGGAAGAUACCAUUGUCGUCAUUGUUUGACUUCAGUAGAAUGAAACUUGAAGAAAUUGCAUUUGAUAACUGCUAUUCAUUUAAACUUUUCAUUACUACUACCACAGUUUCCUCAAAGUUUGUUGGAUAAAACAACCUUUUCUAGAUAGAUGCUGCAUAAAUACAGCACUUAGAUGAAUUAUUGAUCUUCCUAAUAUCAGGCCCCCACUUAAUGGAUGGUAUAUACUUUUUGUAAAGUCCUAACUGGGAAUUUUCAGAUGCUCUGAACUUGCCACAUAUUCUAGCAAUUCACUGGAACAUCAAGGCAAAACACCAAUCUGAUACAUCGUCUCUUCUUUUUUUUUUCUUCAACUUAAAUUUAGCUGUUGCCCGGUUAAGCCUAAAAAUAGGUUAAUUUGUAAGUGGCAAAUUUGUUUUGAGGUUUUUCCUUCAAUAACUUGUUUCCUAAGCCUGUUAGGCCAUUUCUAAAGUUGAUCCAGCUCUUCAUUCUUUUCAUUGAAUUUUAGUUUAUGUAAGAAACCAUGUUUAGGACCAGCUACUUUUUCUAAUGUUUUUUGGGUUUGUUUGUUUUUUUUUGUUUUUUUUUUUUGUAUGUUUGCUUUUUUUCCUGCAUUGAUUUUCACUUAAUGGUAGUGAAAUGUUUAUAUGAGAAAACAAAAAGCUGAUGUAUAGCCCUGUAUACAGUGUAGAUACUAUUUUUGUAAAAAAAAAAAAAAACCAAGCCUAAAUUAAUGAACAAGAGUACUGAAUGUUUCAUCAUUAUAAUUUUACUGUAUUUCUUGUGCAUUAAUCUGACCAUAAUUUCCCUGUAUAUUAUGUUCAUGUAGCUGAGUUUGUAAUUUUUGUUAACUAGAUCAAGUUGUCAGCAUUUGCUGGUAUAAGUGAACAUCACAAUUAUCCAGAGUUGAGUUCAAGCCAAAUAUAUGCAUAGAAAAGGGUCUUCCUAUUAAUGGAAGAUGGUAAUUUUUAGAAUGUGUGUUAAUUUCAGUUUUUGUAUGUUUAACUUUUAUUAAAUAAAGUGUUUUUAAAAUCUCCAGGGUGUGUUAACAAAAGGGGGUGAAGUCUUAGCUGCCAGCAUUGAUAUAAUGAUUAAGCAUACAUCAUUUCCACAGAAAAGAAUAUUGAGUAUGCGAUAAAGGUUUUGAUAAAUCCUAGGUACUCCUAUUAGACAUGAGAUUGGAUCCUAAAGGACAAGUCGGUUUUAAGGGUUUGUGUUGUGUGUAGAGGUGUUUGUAAAUUUUUGGUGGAGGGUGAAAAUAAAAAUUUUUAUUUCAUGAA